UUCUUCGAUUUCACAUUACUCUCUCGUCAGGUAUGAAUAACUAUUCGUGUUUUGUGACUAAUGCCUACCCUACCAUUGGCAAUGUUGAAAGAUUUUAUACCAAGGAACUGCAGUUUGCUGUUCGGCUUAAAGGUAUUCGCUGUAGUAGCUGCUCUCGUCAACGAGUUGUUCAGAACAAAGCUGUUCACGGUCAGUGGAGGAGAACAGGCAGACUUGCGUUUUAUUUAUCUUUUAUAAUGGCACAACAAUCAGAGCACAGCGGUGUAGAAUAUAACAACUAUUUUGGGGAACAUAACGAUAUUUCACAGAGAACUGGUGUAGGUUCCAACCCCACUCAUCAUGAUGAUGGAAUCCACCUCGUCAAUGGCGCCAUGAACGGAGAACAUAACUUUAUGAUGUAUGGAACUCCAAAGAAAAUAAUCAUCUGUGGUGGUGAUGGGUUUUGUGGUUGGCCUACUUCUCUUUUUCUUUCAGAGGUAGGACACGAAGUGUUGAUUGUGGACAAUCUAUCUCGUCGGAAUAUCGAUAACGAGUUGGAAGCUGGUUCCCUUACUCCCAUUUAUCCUAUUACUGAAAGAAUAGAGACUUGGAAACAAGUAUCUGGUCGUGAACUUCGAUUUGAACGUUUGGAUAUAGCAAAUGAAUAUGAUCGUCUGUUACAACUGUUGUUGAAAGAGAAACCAGAUGCUAUCAUUCACUUUGCUGAACAACGAGCAGCUCCAUAUUCUAUGAAAGGUUCAUCCCAAAAGCGUUAUACUGUCCAUAAUAAUGUGAAUGCCACUCACAAUCUACUUUGUGCUAUUGUGGAAUCCAAUUUAGAUAUUCAUUUGGUACAUUUGGGAACAAUGGGAGUUUAUGGUUAUGGGACAAGUGGAGAAGAAAUUCCAGAAGGCUAUAUUGAUGUUGUUUUGCCAGGUGGUCAAGUUUCUAAUAUUUUGCAUCCUUCCUAUCCUGGUUCUGUUUAUCAUACUACGAAGUGUUUGGACGCAUUACUAUUUCAGUUUUAUCAGAAAAAUGAUGCUAUUCGGAUUACUGACCUUCAUCAAGGCAUUGUUUGGGGCACCAAUACUUCACAAACUAGAAGAGAUGAGCGUCUUAUCAAUCGUUUCGAUUAUGAUAGUGACUAUGGAACAGUUCUUAAUCGAUUUUUGAUGCAGGCUGCAUUAGGAGCUCCACUUACGGUAUAUGGAACAGGUGGUCAAACAAGGGCAUUUAUUCAUAUUCAAGAUACUGCUAAAUGUAUUGCUUUGGCUGUUGCCAAUCCUCCCAAUCAAGGUGAAAGAGUUGCAAUAUUCAAUCAAGUGGCAGAAUGUCAUCGCGUUCGAGACUUGGCUAAAUUGGUAUCUCGUAUGACUCAAGUAGAUAUUGUUUAUGUUAGUAAUCCAAGACAAGAAUCGGCAGAGAAUGAAUUGCAAGUUUCUAAUAGAAAAUUUCGUUCUUUGGGAUAUGAGCCUAUUCUAUUAUCAGAAGGCUUAUUAGAUGAGGUAGUCAAUGUAGCACAAAGAUAUGCAUAUCGUUGUGAUCCCAAAAAGAUAUUACCUGCUUCUUAUUGGAAUAAGAAGAGAAGAGAAGAUUGUGAACGCUAUGCUCAACAGAAAUUGAAUGGAAAUACUUAUGCUAGAUUACUUAGUAAGGUAGCCCAUUUUCAUGAAGUUAAUGCUGGAAAAGAAGAAGUCAACAAAAAGUCAUCCAAUGUGUCAGUUAAUAAUAACGACAAGAUUGAUUCCUUAGAUGAAGAGAAUAUGUUGUAUGUCUUAAGCAGAGGAAAUCCGGAAACUAUGAAACUGUUGAAAAAGACUUUGGAAGAAUGUACAACUGCCAAUGGCAACCUUACCUAAAUACUCGGUUGGAUAAUAAGAAGAAGAAUAAUAAUAAUAAACAAUUCCAAAUAUUU